AUGUCGCGCCAUCAUCCCGAUCUCGUAAUGUGCCGCAAGCAAGCCGGCAUCGCCAUCGGCCGCCUCUGCGACAAGUGCGACGGCAAAUGCCCCGUCUGCGACUCCUACGUCCGCCCCACGACCCUCGUCCGCAUCUGCGACGAGUGCUCGUUCGGAAACUACCAAAACAAGUGCGUCGUCUGCGGCGGCGAGGGCAUCUCGGACGCCUUUUACUGCUUCGAGUGCACGCGCCUCGAAAAGGACCGCGACGGGUGCCCCAAGAUUAUAAAUCUCGGCAGCUCCAGGACCGACCUGUUCUACCAGAAGAAAACCAAUCGGACGGCGACGUACUAG